AAUUUCAAUGUCACCUGUCAUUUAUUGAUAAUUUGUCAACAUUGAAAUGAAAGUAGAAAAACAUUAAUUCUACACAUUGCAUUCAAAGCAAAAGGUUCUUUUCAUUGUAAAUUUCAUGAUAUAACAUUUUUUGUGAAAAUUCCAUUUGAAAGAUGAGUGGUCCGCGUAUGGGAAUGCAACAAUUAAAUGGAAAUACUCGUAGACCUCCACAGGUCAAUCGUUUGAACUCCAAUGAUAGAAAUGCCCAUACACAACACGAAGAACUUAUAAGAUAUAUUCACGAUUCUUGGAGUAAAAUUGAAAUGGACCGAAGUUCUACACCUACCAUGUAUUAUCAAGAUGAAACCAAUCAACGUUUAAAAGACUUUCAGCCUUUCGAUUUAGAGGGAUAUUGGGGUAGGAGAAAGCUUCAAAAUAUGAAUACUAAUAAGCAUCAACAAUCAUAGCAUUUUUAUUUUGGUGUUUUUAGUGCUCGUGUGAUUAAUACUAUUGUUUAGUAAAAAAUGUCCCUUUUUUGAAAUUAAUUCAGUGUAUUUUGUGAGCUACAUGCUGAAAAAUUGUAAAGAAAACCACAUUUUGUAUUUAAGAAGGCUGCUAAAUGUGUUUUUAAACUAUAGUUUGUAAGUACUCUGCAGUUUAAGUAUAAAUAGGGCAUUGUAAGUAAGCUAACGGUAGAUAUGCACUUUAUAUCUUUAUUUUUGAUUAUUUUAUUAUUCUAUUCUAUCUAUAGAUUAGAUAACUUCUGUAGAUUUUCAAUUUUUGACUAGACUUUACAUUGUAUGUUCAUUCUUUUAUGAGUUUACAAAAGUUUAUAUAAAACUAAUCAGUUCACAAAAGCAAUAAUCAUUUUGUGAAGUUUACAUAAUUAAAUACAGUAUUUUGUAUCUA